CAAAAGUGAAAACAACCGAGUAGGAGGAAAAAUCGAUAAUUUCGAAGCGCUUUUGGGGAAGUGUCCCCAUUCUCAGUGAAAUUAGAAAGGGCUCCGCGCAUCGAACAGGACCGCGAUGGCCACCGCAAACCCACCGGCGUUUCACUGCAUUGUCUGCACGCUAACGAAGAUCCCGUUCGCUUCGCUGAGCAAGGAAAGCCAGCACAAGAUCGUCCGGAAUGGCCGGCCGACGCCAAAGAUGCCAAACCUAACGGCUCGCUGCCUGCAUGACUGGAUGACCGGUUGUGACCGCGAAAAGAAGCUUUACUGCUGGCCCUGUCUGCUGUUCAACACGUCCGAGUACGAUGUGUGGGGAAAGCGGGGAUUCAGCGAUUUCCACCGGCUUUCCUCGGCCACGAUCGAGCACACGAAGGAUGUCUCGCACCAGGCCAAAAGCAAAACGCUGAAGCUGUGGAUCGAGACGGCCGAAGAGCUGAGCGAUAGCAGCGGAGCAGAGGAGGAUGUAGAGUGUAUCCCGGAGUUGGACUUUCUGAAUGCCACCGCGUCCGAAAUGGACGAGGAGCUGGACGUGAAACCGAACGUGGAAGCACUAAAUGCAGCCCUGGGCCUGUCGCAGGACUUUGCCCGCCCCGUUGUGGAUCUGUGCGAAACGGCGGAAGACGGAGGCAGCGUCACCGGUUUUCAUUUCAUGAGCGCAGCCAUAGAGGUGGAUUGUAUGGAGGAUGAAGAGCAAAACUCUGCUCCCGCGCCACCACAACCACCGCCACCACCGGAAGUGCAGGGAGAGAAUAGCCAGACGAGCAAUGCCUCGUCGUCAAACCACAUUGAGCCAUCGGUCGCCGCCCCUGGCGAUGGGUUAGCACGUAUCUACAAAAACACACCUAGUUGCGAGGAACCUAGUGCGAUGAUGUCGCAAACGGCGACCCAGAAUGGAACGGACAAGUACCAACUCAAGUGGCAGGGACAUCAUCAGAACGUCAAUGUGUCGUUAUCGAGUCUUUACAGAAACGAUCGCUACGCCGAUGUAAUGCUGUUGACGUGUAACGGAGACGAGAACUACGUGAUACCUGCCCACAAGCUCAUUCUUGGGACUUCCAGUUUGUAUUUUGCAAACAUUUUCGACAAAAACGCGAUACCGAUGAAUGCGAUCAGCUAUAUCGUGCUUCCACCUGAUUUAACCUAUCGCUCGAUGCAGAUACUCAUACAAUAUAUGUACACCGGCGAAUCGACUGUUUCGACUGACAUACUCAGUGAGGUGUUGCGUGGGGGAGAAAUUUUGAAAAUCCGUGGACUGUGGCGUAAUGAUGGAUGCAAACCGUCUUCCAAUGCUGAAGGCAGAGAGGCACAAGCGCCCGGUAGCAGUGAAUCAGCGGCACGGCGAUUUGCUAGUCCCGUCUCUGUAACGCUUCCAUCUCAGAACACAUCUACAACACAGGCGGCCACAGGCGGUGUCCCAGCUGUGGCCGUAGGACACAUAAACAUAAAGCGGGACGUAGCCAUUGAUCCCGGUGAUCGGCACCGUGCUGGUCACACCGAAGGGCUUCGACGAUCUCAAAGAAAUCAAGCGUCCGCAGUCGGUCCCUGCACAGAGCAGCAGCAUACGUCGUCGCAAGCGAUCUCAGACGAACAGCAAAUUUCAUUUCCAAUCCAUGAACAUCAGCGGAGGCUGCGUGGAGGGGCCCAGGAACAGCAGCGCAUGGAAACCGCCUCGCCUACUCGGAUGACACUUCCGAAGGCAGGAAAUGGAGGUACUGAGGAGAAUUCGGCAUCUAGCAUGUCGGGGGCACCUGGCGCUGCGAUACCUGAGGAACUGAACUUUCUCAACGUGAAAGCGGAGCCCGUCGAGUGGACGGAUGUGAGAGCGGGAGAGCUUGCCCUUCCCAGUAGUGGCCAGAAAGGGGCUGGCAACCAAUCUCCUCCAAUUCAAGCAGUGAAAGCUGAAGCGCCAGAACCGGGAAUAGAAUCCCGUCCAUCCUCUGUGACGUCCUCUACGGAGCAUCCCACAUACUCACCGCUAACCUGUGAGCUUUGUAGUGAAACGUUUACUAUACCGGGUGAAUGGGUUCGCCAUAUCGAGAGUCACGGUGAUACAUCACAUACAAUUCCAAAACGAAAAAGACGGUUGGAGGGGUCCGAUGAUACUGUUGAGACGGCCGCACUGCGAUGUGAUUUGUGCGCAACGUUUUACGUUACACCGGCCGACUGGGUACGACACGUUCAGAGCGCACACACGGAAACGGAACUGGCGAUUUCAAACAAACGCCAGACGAAUCCUCGCCGUGCGUCCACAUGCUCAUUGGCCGCUGCAUCAUCAGUCACGUCGGGCGAGUCAGCGGGACAGCAGGACAAAGUGUGUAAAGUUUGCAACAAAUCCUUCCCUUCCCAUGCCAGUAUGCUCGUCCACAAGCGUACCCAUACCGGUGAAAAACCAUUCUAUUGCGACACGUGUAACAAGGGUUUUAGCGUAAAAUCGAAUCUACUGCGACACCUGCGAACACUACACAACGUCCAGGGUGAACUGCCAGCCUCACCGCACACUGAUCACGAUGGUUCCGAGUGAUUGCAGCCCGAGGACGACGAGUUUUCCUUUUCCGAUAAUUUAAUCCUUAACGCUCCGUAACACUGUGCUGUUAUCCUUUUGACUGUUGGGUCAGAAACUGCGCUCCUGCUUUAUUUUGUUCAAAGUAAGCGACUAUAUAGAAUAUUGUUUCAAAUAUUCACAAACCCCUACUUGUAACGUUUUGUAAUAAAA